CAUCCGGGAAGAUGGCGGCGCCCAGGGAGUUCCUGCGCCUGGGUGCCCGAGAAUGGAAUGGGAGAGCCAGGGCCAUCCAUGGCCCAAGGGAACCGGUGACCCCAGACAGCAAUCAGAAGAGAAUCUGCUCCCCAGAGACCAGACAGGCAGCCCCAGGCCCCAGGCUUCACCUGACAUAUUUUCGUUUUCUCCACAGGUCCUUCCCGAACAUCCAGCAGAAAUACGGCCCAGAUGUCACAGGUGCCCUCUUCAUCCUGAAGCAGGGAGGCGCAGUGAAGUAUGACCGCUGUUGUGAGGGGGUGUGGGGGGGGGCAGCUCUGCUUGCCAAGGGGGUAAAGACAGGUCGAUCCCUGGGGCGCUCUGGCUGGCCGGCCAGCCUGACUAACAAGCUCUGGUUCCUCACCUUCCGGGAGGUGCCUGUGGAGGCCGUGGAUGCCAGUGGCUGUGCCAUCAACUACCAGGGCAUGAGUAACCUCCUGCCCCUAAAGGAGCUGCGGUCCCUGUCGCUGCAGCAAAGAACUGCCUCCUGGUGUUGCUUCCUUCGCAUAUGGACGGAAACUCCGUGCCACUCUCCCAUUUGCCCUCAUCCCUUCAGGAACCUCCGCAGGCUGGACAUCUCAGACCUCCCCGCCGUGUCCCACCCAGGCCUCACUCAGAUCCUGGUAGAAGAGAUGCUGCCCCAUUGUGAGGUCUUUGGCACUGACUGGGCCCUGGGCCCGAAGCUGGAGCCACUUCAGGGCUCUCUUGCCAAUGCCAAGGAGCUAGCAGACCAUCCGGAGAUGACCUCACCUGGGCUCUAA